AGAAGUGUGAACACUCUCCUCCUUUUUAAAACCUCAACUCAAUAAAUAACAAGAUCAUUAUCAUCACAUGUAGGCUGUGCUGUGCCAAACCACACAUGGUCAUUGACAGGUAACACUUCAUCUCCUGCAUUGAAAUCUCAGUCUAAAAUAGGUUGUCAGCUUUUCUGGUAAGAAUGGUGCUAUCAUCCAAAACUCUGGGUGGGCUCCAAUAGUCUGCAUUUCCCAAAGACUCCUGCUGAUCUGGGAAGCACUCUGAGAACUUCUGUUACAGAGUAUGAAUUACCCAUAAACACACCAGUCGGCACUUCUGCUUUUUAACUAAAAUGAUGAAUCUUCCAGAUGAUUCCACACAUGUAGGUGUAGACCUGCCUCAUUCCUCUUCCUGGUUGCAGUAGGAUUCCCCUGUCUGUGCAUAGCACAGUCGUUUCAGAUUCUGCUGUGGUCUGCGUGGCUGUGCUAGUCUUGCUACUGUGAGCUGUGCACAGUGAAUUUCCUCUUAGACAAAUGCCCCUGUAUGCCUGCGUCUGUUAGAAUGUGUUCCUCCAUGGCGUGCAUUCUGGAGGCAGGUAUGGCUCGCCCUCCAAGGAGAUUUUAGGAUGACUUCUUACUUCCUCAUCCUUGACCAACUAUUUUUUUUUUCUUUGAGAGACAGAUAGCUCCUAUCUACUGGUUUACUGCUCAAAUGCCCAUAACAAGUAGGCCUGAUGCCUGGAGCCUGGAACUUGAUCCAGGUUUCCCACUUGGGCAGCGGGAACCCUAUGCCUUGAGCCAUCAUCUGUGCCUCCCGGGGUCUGCAAGAGCAGGAAGCUGGAGUCAGGAGUCUGAGGAGGGCACUGAGCCCAGGCACUCCUGUAUGGCAUGUGGCCAUAUUAACAGGUGUCCUAACUGCUAGGCCAAGCAUUUGACCCCUGACCCCUGACCGGCUAUUGAUCUCUGGCAGUCUGGUAAGUGAAAACUGUGUCCUGUGGUUUUGUGUUUUUCUUAGCAGUAAAGUUUAGCAUUUUAAUGUGUAUUUUAUUUUUUUUUUAAAGAUUUAUCCAUUUAUUUGAAAGAGAUACACGGAGAGACAGAGAGAGAGGUCCUCCAUCUGCUGGUUCACUCCCCAAUUGGCCUGAACGGCUGGAGCUGCACCAAUCCGAACCCAGGAGCCAGGAGCUUCUUCCAGGUCUCCCACAGGGGUGCAGGGGCCCAAGAAAUUGGGCCAUCCUCCGCUGCUUUCCCAGGCCACAGCAGAGAGCAGGAUCAGAAGUGGAGCAGCCGGGACUCACACGUGGGAUGGCACCACUGCAGGCAGCGCCCCACCCACUAUGUCGUAGCGCCGGCCCCCUUAACGUGUAUUUUAAAAACAUUUGUAUUUCUGUUAAUGUUCUUGUUGUGUUUUCCUAUAUGCCUAUGACAUUUUGCUCUCCAUCCUCUUGAUUUGUAAAUACCCUUUUGAUAUUGAGGAAAUGCUUUUCUCUCAUGUGUUAUCAUUUUCUUUGCCCUGGGCAGAAGCAGAGGCAGGACUCAAUCCCAAGCACCCUUGGAUGGGAUGCGGGGAUCCAAAGCAGUAGGUUAAUCUGCACCCCAACAUGUGCCCAUAAAGUUGCUCUUAAAAGGGAUUUUCUGGGGCCAGCAUUGUGGCACAACAGGAUGCCAGGAUGCUGGCAUCCCGUAUCAGAGCAGCAGUUAGAGUCCUGGCUGCUCCGCUUCCUAUCCAGCUUCCUACUAAUGUGCUUGAGAAAGCAGCAGAGGAUGGCCCAAGCACAUGGCUCCUGCCACCCAUGUGAGAGGUCUGGAUGGAGUUCCUGACUUGUGGCCUCAUCUCAACCUAGCCCCAGCUGUUGCAGCCAUUUGGAGAGUGAACCAGCAGAUGAAAGAUCUCUGUGUGUGUGCAAUUCGUGUGUGUGUCACUCUGCCUCUGAAAUAAAUCGUUUAAAAAGAGAAGGAAGGGCUUCUAAAAUUUGAUAGUUGGUUCAUGAUACCUUAUGUGGUCACCUACUUUAAUGAUUUCUAGAGAGGAGAGGAAAAUUCUCAUUCCUGAAACUUUACUCAGUGCUCUUCAAGAUUUGUUUAGCCAGACUAGUGCCUGCCAUGCCUAUCAUUGCCUUCCUUUCUCCCUGCCCCCAUUGUGAAUCGCAUUUUCAUCGCUUCUGCAGCCAUGUCUGUAAGGACAUGCCAUCGUUACCCUUUCUACAGCUCAGGACGCCCCUUGCCCCUGGCACCCAAGAGAGAAGCAUUCACUUCACUGUGGCUUCUUCAGCAGAACCACACCUGGAGCCCAAGGCUGUCUGGUGGCAAAAGCCAUCCAGGCUGCCACACAAGAGGUGGCAGCUGAGAGCAGGACAAGCAUGGGGAUGAGGUGCCUUGGACUGCAGGCCGUCUCCGGCUACCCUCUCUGGCCACGUGGUGCUCGCCUGUCAGUGCUCUGGGGAGGCAUAGCAUCAUGUUCGUAUUUGUUUGGCAGAGGAUCAGUUUGUUCUUGGAGAGUAAUUCCAAAGUCUUCAAAUGCUCUGCCUCUUUUUCACCCUCACAACACUUCCAUGAGAUAGAUACAUUAGUGCAGCCCCAUGCAGAAAACAGAUUGGAGGACAAGGGACUAGAGUUGGGUUUGGUUUUGCUGGUCCAAUCAAGUUUAUGUGGGACCAUUGUGGGGAAAGAGGAGUUUUGGCUGCUAAACACAUUAGUCAUGCUCAAAAGCAUGUUAUUCAAGUCCCAUGUCUAUUAGUAAAUAGAGAGAGGUAUGCAUAAUAAGUAAUGUGAUUUGUAUUAUUGCAGACUCAUGAAUGACAAUCUGCUAUGUUCCUUAUAAUUAACAUUCUGCAUAAGGGAUUUCUGAGUCAAUGAAUUCCCAGCUUAAACAGCAUCUGCUAGAAUGGAAGUGUGUGACUCAGAUCCCAGGCAAACAAUUGACCUUGAAUUUGAAUUAAGAUCCCAUCACUUAAUUCACAGGAUCAACAGUCACGCAUCUGUGUAUCUGGCCCCUAGUAUAUGGCAGUCAUCGUCGUCAUUAAUGGGACAGGGAGGGGGAAUGCACGAAUGCCAUGCCAAAGAACGUUUCCAGAUGAUGCAAGGCAGUAAGUGAUUAUACACAGGCAAGGGCAUGGAAUGGUGAUUUUACCCUAUAGAUUAGGUCUAGCUGUCCCUGCACCUACAGAGCAGGAAGAAAACAGCCUCUCUGUCCUGAAAAGUCGGUUUCCCCCGGGGAUGGGGGCAGCACAGCCCAGUUUGAAGCCUCAAGCAUGCUGGUGGGCUGAGACUAGAAAGGAUUCUGAGAGUACUGGACUGUCGGCGACAGAUGUGAGGGAAAUGUCACCUUUCGACUGCCUGGCCCCACUGAGUGUUGGCCAUUAUUGGGCUACACCAUGACCUAAAGAGCAGAGUUGCUCUGAAACACAGCAGUCAAAUUGGGACGUGUCCCAGAAAAAGUGGUUCCAGGGGCUGGCAUUACGGCGCUGUGGUUUAGACCACCGCCUGCGACACCAGCAUCCGGUGUGAGCGCAGGUUCGAGUCCUGACUGCUCCACUUCUGAUCCAGCUCCCACCUGGAAAGCAGCAGAGGAGGAUGACCCAUGUGCUUGGACCCCUGCACCCAUGUGGGAGACCCGGAUGGGCCCUUCAUGUACAAAACAAGGCCAAGAAUAAGGAGACGGGCGCCUUGGCCGCAGCCAAGGUCAUUGAGACCAAGAGCGAGGAGGAGCUGGAGGACUACAUCGUGGAGAUUGAGAUCCUGGCCACGUGCGACCACCCCUACAUUGUGAAGCUCCUGGGAGCCUAUUACUACGAUGGGAAGCUGUGGAUCAUGAUCGAGUUCUGCCCGGGCGGAGCCGUGGACGCCAUCAUGCUGGAGCUGGACAGAGGCCUGACCGAGCCCCAGAUUCGCGUUGUGUGCCGCCAGAUGCUGGAGGCCCUCCAUUUCCUGCACAGCAAGAGGAUCAUCCACCGCGACCUGAAAGCCGGCAACGUGCUCAUGACGCUGGAGGGAGACAUCAGGCUGGCUGACUUUGGGGUGUCUGCCAAGAAUCUGAAGACUCUGCAGAAGCGAGAUUCCUUCAUCGGAACGCCUUACUGGAUGGCCCCUGAAGUGGUGCUGUGUGAGACCAUGAAGGACACCCCGUACGACUACAAAGCCGACAUCUGGUCCCUCGGCAUCACGCUGAUCGAGAUGGCCCAGAUCGAGCCCCCACACCAUGAGCUCAACCCCAUGCGGGUCCUACUCAAGAUCGCCAAGUCGGACCCUCCCACGCUGCUCACGCCCUCCAAGUGGUCUGUGGAGUUCCGAGACUUCCUGAAGGUAGCCCUGGACAAGAACCCAGAGACCCGGCCCAGUGCAGCCCAGCUGCUGGAGCAUCCGUUUGUCAGCAGCGUCACCAGUAACAAGGCUCUACGGGAGCUGGUGGCGGAAGCCAAGGCCGAGGUGAUGGAGGAGAUUGAAGACGGGCGCGACGAGGGCGAGGAGGAGGAUGCCGUGGACAGCGCUUCUACGCUGGGGAACCACACUCAGGACUCUGCUGGGCUGACUCAGCUGAGCCUCAAUGCCGACAAGCUCCUCCCGGCAUCGUCCUCCACCCCGCGGCCGCCUGGCCAGCCUCAGGACAGUGUGAACGGACCCUGCAACCAGCCCUCUGGGGACAAGGCCCUCCAAGUCACCGGCCCCCCAGAGGGGUCCCCUGCCGGCGACAAGGGUCUCGCGGCACCCGUGUCCCUUCGGAAGUCCCGGCCAGUGUCCAUGGAUGCGAGAAUUCAGGUGGCGGAAGAGAAGCGAGUCACCGACCAGGGUGGGGACCUCGGCCCAGCGGCCAGCAGGUCCCAGAAGGCUGGCCAGAGCCGGCCCAACAGCAGCGCCCUGGAGACCUUGGGCGGCGAGAAGCUGGCCAAUGGCAGUCUGGAGCCCCCAGCCCAGGCAGUUCCUUCCAGGCGGGAUUCGGACAGUGGCAGCUUGUCCACCUCCGACAGCAUGGACUACGGCUCCUCCCUGUCAGCAGACCUGGCCCUGAACAAGGAGACGGGCUCCCUGUCCAUCAAGGACUCAAGGCUGCACAAUAAAACCCUGAAGCGGACGCGCAAGUUUGUGGUGGAUGGUGUGGAGGUGAGCAUCACCACCUCCAAGAUCAUCAGUGAAGAUGAGAAGAAGGACGAGGAGAUGAGAUUUCUCAGGCGCCAGGAGCUCCGAGAGCUGCGGCUGCUCCAGAAGGAAGAACACAGGAACCAGAGCCUGCUGAGCAGCAAGCAUGAGCUGCAGCUGGAGCAGAUGCACAAACGCUUCGAACAGGAGAUCAGCGCCAAGAAGAAGUUCUUCGACACGGAGCUGGAGAACCUGGAGCGCCAGCAGAAGCAGCAGGUGGAGAAGAUGGAGCAGGACCACGCCGUGCGCCGCCGGGAGGAAGCCAAGCGCAUCCGCCUCGAGCAGGACCGGGACUACGCCAGGUUCCAGGAGCAGCUCAAAGUGAUGAAGAAGGAGGUGAAGAACGAGGUGGAGAAGCUGCCCCGGCAGCAGCGGAAGGAGAGCCUGAAGCAGAAGAUGGAGGAGCACGCGCAGAAGAAGCAGCUCCUCGACCGGGACUUUGUAGCUAAGCAGAAGGCGGACCUGGAGCUGGCCAUGAAGAAGCUGACCUCCGACAACCGGCGGGAGAUCUGCGACAAGGAGCGCGAGUGCCUGGGCAGGAAACAGGAGCUCCUUCGAGAGCGGGAGGCGGCCCUGUGGGAGAUGGAGGAGCACCAACUGCAGGAGAGGCACCAGCUGGCCAAGCAGCAGCUGAAGGACCAGUACUUCCUGCAGCGGCACGAGCUGCUGCGCAAGCACGAGAAGGAGCGGGAGCAGAUGCAGCGCUACAACCAGCGCAUGGUGGAGCAGCUAAAGCUGCGGCAGCAGCAGGAGAAGGCGCGGCUGCCCAAGAUCCAGCGCAGCGAGGGCAAGACGCGCAUGGCCAUGUACAAGAAGAGCCUGCACAUCAACGGCGGGGGCAGCGCCGCCGAGCAGCGCGAGAAGAUCAAGCAGUUCUCCCAGCAGGAGGAGAAGAGGCAGAAAUCGGAGCGGCUCCAGCAGCAGCAGAAGCAUGAGAACCAGAUGCGGGACAUGAUGGCGCAGUGUGAGAGCAACAUGAGCGAGCUGCAGCAGCUGCAGAAUGAAAAGUGCCACCUCUUGGUAGAGCACGAAACCCAGAAGCUGAAGGCCUUGGAUGAGAGCCAUAACCAGAACCUGAAGGAGUGGCGGGACAGGCUUCGGCCACGCAAAAAGGCUCUGGAAGAGGAUCUGAACCAGAAAAAGCGAGAGCAGGAGAUGUUCUUCAAACUGAGCGAGGAGGCCGAGUGCCUGAACCCCACCACGCCAAGCAAGACCACCAAGUUCUUCCCCUCCAGCUCUGCGGAGGCAUCUUAACACCUCCCCGGCCCGGGCUGUGGCCCUCGGGAUGCUACCCGCUCUGUGAACCAGGAACUCAGGUCCCCCUUCCUGCUUGCUUCUGUGCCAGCUCCAAACCAGCCGCCGGCCAGCCGUGCCCCACAGACCUGUCUGGGUCCUCACUUCUCGUGCACCCGUGGAAGGCGAGGUGUUACAGCAUCGGCUGCUCCUCGUGGGCAUUCUCACCGAGCCCCAGAUCCCGCGGGCUGCGGGUGGGGUCAGCUGGCAGGAAUGGCUGCUGUGUCCUGGAGGGCCCCCUGCUGGCUGCCCGCGAAGCCACGGUGGUGUGAUUCUUGCUGGCUUCUCACAGCCAUUCUCGCCCAGCAGACUCAGACAAGAAUCCAGGCCCCUAACAGCCGUCGUGGUUUCCCAGGGGGCGCCUGACCUGCAGCCAGCUGCUCAGGGGGUGCCCCCAUUCUUCCAGCUACCCCAAUUUGCUUGCUUCUCCCGACAAUGUGUGUCUGCCUGCGGGGAGGAGAUGGAGGAGGAGGGAGGCCUGAAAUGCUCAUGGUGCUGGCCUUGGGUGCUUUGUGCCAUCUCGUGUCUGCCGUUGCUGUAUGUGCAUGUGCACACAGGCAUGCACACCAUGCCACGCACGCGGCGCCUGGCCUCGUGGCUGCCGCCCUGGCCUCCUGUGCCCAGGUGGGCCGGAGCACAUUUGCUGGUGGAACCCGUGCCUCUGAGCGUGUGUCGUGGAGCAGCUGGUGGGGAACAUGCUGGGUGUGGCACCCAAGGCCCAGAGAAGGCGCAGGCUGUCCUGCCAGUCCUGUGUGCACGGAUAGAUUCCUCGCCACACGGCUUUCCUGCCGCGGGCUGCUCCUGCCUGCUGCUUGCCAGCCCGCCCACCAGUGAUAUGGGAUGGCCAUUUCCCUCUUCCCAGGGACCCCAUCUUACAUUUCAGACCGAGGCUGGCAGUUCCCUGGACUUCUCUUCAGGACUAAAAGGCAACUGGGAGACAGGGAAUGGCUGCUGCCCCCAGGACCGUGGCAGAAGCGAAGGUGUUCAGAUGGACUCCUGGGCCUUCAGUGUUUGUUUCUGUGGGCACCCUGCAGGUGCUAACUGCACAGCCUGCAGAGUGUGUCACUCAGGAAAUGCCAGCGCUUGGGCCAGUGUGUCGUGCAUGUACAAAGCAACCCUUUUUCACCUUCUGUUUGUUGAAACCCAUGUGGGUGUCUCCCGGGGCGGGGACCACGUGUUCUUUAAAAACCCCAGAAGUGAUGAGUUUGAGGAAUCUAUUGGGGCAUGCGCAGCCUGGGUGCUGUUUUGCUGGGGACAGAGGAGGUACCCUGAGAGGUCUUUUUCCUCCUUUCCUCCUCCAGGUUUAAGGCUGGGUGCUUUGUCUUUCUCGAGGCAGUUUUCUGGACGUGCUCUCGGCAGGGGUUGUAACUGGAUGCUUGGGAAGGGAGGAGAGGGCAGCCAUCCAAUAGGAAAAGGGACCUAAACAUGCAGUGGAGAUGCGCAGGGCUGGGGUGGCGAUGGUUCUCUUCAGGUUACUGAGGGCUCAGUCACCUCCUUCGGUGUUCAGCCCGGGUGGGACGCUGUUCAGGUCUCACUCGAUGAGACAAGUUCAGUCACCUUUUACUCUCUUGCUUACGCAGGGAAUCGUGAAGCAGCUCCAGUGUAAGCUCAGAGCAGAGAUCCAGUUCCACCAGCGGGCAGAGGGUGAGGUGGGCUGCGGGGGGCUUUGUUUACGAUAUUUCCUCUGCAGCUCGGCUGUGAGGCCAGGUUCCUGAUUCAGGUGGAAGGCUGAUCGGCCCUUGGUUUGGCCUGUCAUUCACACUGCCCCUGCCCUCCCUGGAGAGCUCUGAGCUGAGCCCCACUGGCUUUCUGGAGCAGGGUCUGGCCAGGUCUCAGCCUCACCACUGUGCCUGUUGCUGAGAAGGCCCGUGCGGUGCUCCUUGUGUCCUGUGUAAUGUUUUCUGUGUGCCGGACAGAUGGAGCUGUCGGUCCUUCCCAGUGCAUUUUUAAAGCAGAGUAAAUAGAACUAACUUAUAUUUUCCCUUUAUGAAGGAUAAACGUUAUUUUUAUGUAGUUUCCAGACUUUGUAUACGGGACUUUUGUAAGAUGUUCUCUGCGAAGUUAACUGCAAGAAUGGAAAUAGGCUUCAAAUAAAAUAACAAAGUGGUUUGCA